AUGAGGUUUCGUGUGCUGUUUUUGGUGGCGUUUAUAGCUGGAACGCGUUCAUCCGAUUUACUUGAAGGUGAUGUUUGCCGUGUCGAUGGCGCCAUCGGUCAGUGUGUUCACUAUCGGGAGAAUUACAGCUACCUGGUGAGGAUGCUGAAACCCUUCCCCGAGGAGGAAGACCAGGAGUACCUGAAGCGGUACAUUUGCGAUAAGGCUAAGGGACUGACAUGUCGGAUGGCUUCGGUGAACGUGGAGGACUGUGGCAUUCAGAUGGAAGAACGGAUCGUCGGUGGAGAACGGGCUGCAAUCGAUGCGUUUCCCUGGAUGGCGUUACUGCAGUACUAUAACUCCCGACGGGGAACGAAGCGAUUCGCCUGUGGGGGAACGCUUCUGAACCACAAGUUUGUCCUGACGGCGGCCCACUGUCUCGUCCGACUUCCCGCCGGAUUUGAGCUGCACAAGGUCCGUCUCGGUGAAUGGGACACGGAGUCGGAAGUUGACUGUGGAAAUCCCGAUGACGCGGACUCCUGCGCUCCGCCCGUCCAAGACUUUGGCUUCGAGAGGUUGAUCGUGCAUGAGAACUACACUGGAAAGAACUCCGAUCGUUCGAACGAUAUCGCUCUGAUUAAACUGGAUGGAGCAGUCGAGUACAACGCGUUUGUGAAGCCAAUCUGUCUCCCGGAACCGGACAUGAAGGAUGCCGGGAAGCUUUACCUAGGUGCGAUGAGAGCUGCCGGCUGGGGUCGCACUGAGACGGCCUCCGGAAGUCGCUUCAAAUUGACCGUCACGCUGCGACAUCUGGAACUAGCAGCGUGUAAUGUAACGUACACAACCCAAGUCCGGUCUCCACUGAGAGAAACUCAAUUCUGUGCCGAUGGAGAUCCGGGCAAGGACACUUGCAAUGGAGACUCCGGUGGUCCGCUCAUGAAACGGGUAGGGACCGCGUACUACGUGGUAGGAAUCGUGAGCUUUGGACCACAAAAGUGUGGAAGUCCCGUGCCGGCCGUUUACACGCGAGUCGACAAGUUCUACGACUGGAUCUCGUCCAACAUGGUGCUGGUGGAUCUUUAA